AUGGACACUUUAAGAAGAGCCCAUGUGUCUCCACCACCUCCUUCUGAACCUAGAUUCUACAACGCAACACUGCUGCAGCAGAUCUCGCUGCCCACUGAACACCCUUUCAUCCCAAAAAAUGGUCCGAUUGAGAUAAAGGACUCUUCCAAGACCAUCAUCUUCUCUUAUUCUAAUUCCUUCAUCUCCUCCCUCACCGGCGACACCAACACCAAACUGCCCUCUUCCUCGUCGCCUGUGACUGCAACACCUUUUCAGAUCACGAAUCUCUCUCAGGUCUCCUUCUCUAGAAAGCUUCCUAUUUCUUCGUCUUCGUUGAAGAGGAAGUGCAACUUUGAUAAUUUGGGUUCUGCCAAGUGUGGCAGUUCAUCUAGCUGA